CCGGAGGCCCAGGCAGCCCCCAACCAGGCAGGCAGUCCGCGGCUCUCUCUGCUCAGCGUGGGUGCCAUGGCCCGGCUCCUGGCUGUCAUCCUGGGUUGCGUCAGCCUCGUGUACCUGCAGCUGCCCGGUGCGCUGUCCGGCGGCCCGGUCCAGGGCCCGCGGCCCCUUCGGCCCAGAGAGCCCCCGGCCCGGACCCCUUCCGGGAGUCUGCAGCCCCGACACCCUGCACCCUGGGCAGUGGUCUGGAAACCCCGUCAGGUUCCUCAGCCAAACAGGAAGGCCAGCCAGGCCCCCGCGAUGGGCCAGCGUCUCCGGAACAGCGGCCAGAGACACCCCGGCCCCCGCAGGACCCAAGCCCAGCUCCUGCGGGUGGGCUGUGUGCUGGGUACCUGCCAAGUGCAGAACCUCAGCCACCGGCUUUGGCAGCUCGUGAGGCCGGCGGGCCGCCAGGACUCCGCUCCCAUCGACCCCAGCAGCCCCCACAGCUAUGGCUGAGGUGGGACAGGACCACACCCCUGCCUGUCCCUUCUGGGCAGGGGAGCUGUGCCUGGAUUCCAGAGGUGCAGCUAACCCCACAGCCCCGGCCGGGGCCCCUGGAGCUCCUGCAGACAACAGGGCCUGAGUGGCCAUGGACACAGAGAGUCAUGGGUGUAUGUAGACCCAGGAGGGUCUUCACGUUGGGUCUGCACACCUAAGACCUGUGUACACCAUGGGUAUGCACACUCAGGGAGUCGUCACAGGCAGAGGUGGUGGGCAGCAUCGACCGCCGAGAAGGGCCUCUGAGGGGAGAGGUUUGGCCAACAUCAGGGAGCAAUCACCCGGGUUCCAAACCCAUGGGGUCACCUCUGAGCAAAGGCGGGGGUGUGUGUGACGCUGAGCCCCUUCCCACUGGGACACGCCUGUGCCCGAUCCUUUCCUUCCCAGUGCCCUGUGAUGCUGUGACUCCAGGAUCAGCUGAGUAGGGACAGGUCACAAAGGAGCCUUGGCAGCUCCAAUUGGCAAUCCUGGAACCCAGGCCAGCUGGCCAUGGUUACCCCACCCCAGUUGUGGGCAGCCAGGGAAUAGGGCCAUAGGGGCCAUUCUAGGGCAGAGCAAGGAUGCUCCCUUCUUCCUACCCAGGGCAACUAAGGAACCACCCCCCACCUCCAGGGAGGCAAGCACAGCCAAGCAAGAGCUCCCAGGACCCCCCCCCCCCAAGUACAGGGGCCUCACGGGACCAGGCCUGGGGACAGCGGCAGGCUGGGAAGGCUUGCUUCUCUGUACCACUAAGAGCCCAGGGAGGAGAAAGUAGCCUCAAAAUGACAAGGAGAACAAGAGCCAUAGCUGGUGUGUGCAGGGUCCUGCGUGUCCACCUGGGGCUGGGCCUUCACACGUGUCCUGUCACCCACGCUUCGAUGCAGUCCUGACCGGCAGAGCCCGGAGGUGCGGAAAUGGUAGUUUCUGUCCAUUAGAAACACGCACGGCACUCCAGCCACCAGCAUUUGCCGCUGUCAAUUAGCCACCCCCCCAGAGACAGAGCAGGAGGGCAGACCUGUGCCCACCACCUGGGAGGGUGCCUGGGCCCCGGGCUGGUGCCUUCUUUGGGGGCUCCUGGCACUCAGGGGAUCAGGCUGAAACCUCCGUGCCCGGGGAGGCAGACGAAGAAGCAGCAGCAGGUGGUUGAGGGAGGCCGCCUGGAGGAAGGGUGCAUGAGCCACCAAGGCCCUCACGCACAGGAGCUGUGUCUGCAGCCCUGGCUAUGAGACUGGGGGAGGGGCCAGCGGCCUGGGCCUGAAUCAGGGGUGAUGCCCACGUGGCGGUGAGGACCGAGCAGGGAAAGAGAACGAGGCAGAGGAGGGGCCUGGGGCAAGCCGGUGAGAGGAGUUCAGUUUUCACAACUCAGCUCCUGGGGCAGGGGCAAGGUCCAUCCCCGCGCCCGCCUGGCCUGGGUGUUGUUUCCUCUGCCAGGGAUACCUGCUGCCGUCCCCACAGCCCUCUUCUCGAGUGGGCCCUGCGCCCUGGGGGACUGAAGCACAGACUUUGCCCCCUGCACCAGUCCCCCCCACACCUGCCCCGUGGCCCCCGCCUUGUGGCUCUUCUGUUGCCCUCCAACAUCUGGGCAGUGUCAGGAGGUUUCCUGCCACCACCCACAGCCAGCAGCGGUGUGAAGUCACCUGAUGCCCCCACAGCCCUGCUGAGCUCCCCGCAUCCCAGCCCCACGAGGCCCGCCAAAGCCUCCGGGGGCCUGAACUCCCUCUGCGUGGACAGUCACAGGCAGCUCACGGCAUUGGCCGCACCGGUGUCUGUCCCUGACCAAACAGACUGCCCGAGCCCAGUCUCCUCCGGACUUGACCUUGGCCCCGCCUUGCCUAGCACUGGGUUAGCAAGAAUCCGGUCAGCUCACCGGCCUCCCCCACCCUCCAUAUCUGAUGGAAUUCCUCAUCUCCCACCCCUGACUUCUGAGAGCUGCUGCCUGCAGCCCUCAACCUGCUUCGUCACACCUGCAAGGAUCCUCCACUCUGCUCUCCGGCAGUGGCUCCCCAGCCCCCUUGGUGGUUUGGGGCUUGGGCCCUAUCCCUCUGUCCUAGUGUGCCAUCUUGAAUAAAGAUUUC